AGGCAAUGGAGGACGUGGAUUUCAGGAUCAAUGUCCGGCUUAUAGGCUACGUCAUCGCUCAGACUGGAGUUGCCUCUCCGUGGACGGAGAAGACAAAGACGUUCAGGAACGGCCGCGAACAUGUGAACGCUGACGACGUUCCUCGAGUCCCUGAAGACGUGGGUCACCAGCGUCCCCAACAUGCCCCGCCAUGACCACGUCAUUCUGUUUACUGGGUAUGACCUGUUCGGUGAAGACAGUGGCUUUAGCUCGAACUAUACAACAGGUUUGGCUUUUAUUGGAACUAUGUGUCAAGGUGAAGGUCGAAGUGUUUCCGUCGUUGAGGACCAUGGGGGUUUCCAGAGUGUUGGUACAGCAGCUCACGAGCUGGGGCAUAGUCUAGGUGCCGAGCAUGACGGACUGAACAACAGCUGCGCGCCGUCGGAUCGAUACCUCAUGGCAGGGGCAUCGUACAACGAAACUUCCGCGAAUAAAUAUAAUCCGUGGAGGUUCUCCCCGUGCAGCAUCAACUACUUCAAAGUGUACAUCGACAGCGUCAUUAACAACGUUAAGGAGUCGACGUGUUUCCGGUCAAAGCUAACUCCUAUUGGGGUGCCUAACAUCACAGGCGAGAUGGCGGGCCAGCUCCUAGGGCCUGACGAGCAGUGUAGACACAUAUAUGGACCUACCUCAUACCUCUGCAGGGGUGAAAAUUUCGGCGACGCCACCGACAUAUGCCGCGCCAUGUUUUGCCGGAACCCCAAAACAGCAAACAAGUGCGUUCUUCAUUCUGCCGCAAGGGGGACAUCAUGCGGUAACAAGAGGCAACAACGACUGAAAGUUCGACCCCUCAGCAUCACCAUUGACGACAGCUCUCUCAGUCCCAGCUCAGCUGUGCGGAAUCUGGGUGUGAUGUUUGAUCCAUCCUUAUCUCUUCAACCCCACGUGAGAUCCCUCUGUCGUUCUGUCUCUUUCUGUCUCUACAAUAUCAGCAACAUCAAGAAAUAUCUGACCGUGGAUGGUCUGAAAACUCUUGUGAAAGCUAGUACCACAUCCCGCCUUGAUUACUGUAACUCGCUGCUUUAUGGAACAUCAAGCUCAAACAUCAAACUCCUACAGCAUCUACAGAACGGCUCUGCUCGUCUCAUCACGGGUUCCGGGAAGCACUAUGAAAUCACACCAAUGCUACGGGAGCUACAUUGGCUUCCUUGUGAGAGACCGAACACUGUCUACAAAGAUAUUAUAAACAGGAAACUAAAACAAGUUGAUAUUGCCCAGUUUGAUGGUGAUGUUGCUGACUCUAAUGUCAGUGGAAAAAUAGCAUGUUGUCAAUCUGUAAAUGCUAUGGUUGAUGAGUUUGAUUCCAUCGUUACUUCACUGUUAGACAAUCAAGCUCCUCUAAUCAAGAAGCGAGUUGUCAUGAGGCCUAACACAAAGUGGAUGUCUCCAGAAAUCCAGACUGCUAAGCAUGAAAAGCGCAAGGCAGAGAUGAGAUGGAGGAACGAUAGACUUGAGAUCAGUCGUCAAAUCUACAAACAGAAAAGAAACAAACUCACAAAUCUUAUCAGAGAGGCCAAAAGACAACAACGACUGAAAGUCCCACCCCUCAGCAUCACCAUUGACGACAGCUCUGUCAGUCCCAGCUCAGCUAUGCGGAAUCUCGGUGUGAUGUUUGAUCCAUCCUCUUCUUUCCAACCCCACUGGUGUGUGGAAGGACGGUGUGUUGGUCAUGUCGACGCUCCCCACAGGCUAGCCGGAUGUCCAUUCGGUGACCAGACUGGCGUGGUGUCCGGGGGCAAGACAUGUAAACAGAUUGUCGCAGAGGCUUCUGGGUACUGCUACGUGAAGGACUUCCGGACACGUUGUUGUUCCUCAUGCGACGGCAUCAACUCCAGAGUGUAUGGGUGCGAGUACGGAGACCGUGUGUUGGACUGUCAGCCAGAUUACUGCGGACGCAAGUUCAAAGACGGGACAUUGUACAAUACCGAUUGCUGUGGCACAUGCAACUACGCCCCGCCCACAACAACGCCAGACCCGAGACUCACUUCCACACCGGAAGUCCGAUGUCGGGACCAAUCAGAGAUCGAGAGUAUCACGUGUCCAGAUUAUGUGGCGUCAGCAGGCAAAUACACGUGUUACCGGACCGAUGUCUAUAACGCGUGUUGCCGCACGUGCGAGGAGGUGAAAACAGUGUCGGCACCCAGUUGCCCGUGGGGUGACAGGGACCCUGGCCAGUGCCAACAGUUGGCUGAAAACGUUAUAAGCACAUGUCCCAGGGACAUGUCUAGCUCGUGCUGUGAGACAUGUGACGUCAUCUUCAAACGGACCAAUCCGACAUCGUCAUUCAUGGAAACUUCCACAUCAACAUCACGUGAUCCCACAGGAGGGAGUUCAGAACUGUGCUCACUGUCCUUCCUUUGUGCUCUUCCAAACGUCAUUUUGUUUGUGUGUGCAGCAAUUAUUAGACUCGUGAGGCAUUUAUGAUACUAGCUCAUAUUUUAUGUAAACACACAUUGAGACUUAUCAACAUCUCUAUUUUUUAAGAUACUUUCUCAAUGAUAUACCAUACCCUCACAAUUCCCACAUAAAUACCCAAUGCCAAGGUCAUGUACAGCAAGAUCCCGUCACCGAAAGGUCGUUUCCGGUUUACGUCGCUACCGAUGUAUGCAAUAAACAAGGGGUAAUGUAAACGUCAUCAGGGUACCAGGAAGUGAUAGCCGCCUUCCGCCUAGGCCGACGCACCAUCGGCUAGUGACGCGUAUUUCAUUGACAGGGUGUCUUGUGAGGUACAAUAACCCACAGGUGUCGUCUAUGUUUGAGUGAGUGAGUAUGGCUUACCGCCGCUUUUAGCAAUAUUCCAGCAAUAUCACGGCGGAAGACACCAGAAAUGGGCUUCACACAUUGUACCCAUGUGGGGAAUCGAACCCGGGUCUUCGGCGUGACGAGCCAACGCUUUAACCACUAGACUACCCCACCGCCCCGUCUAUGUUUGAAAGGAACGUACAAUACCCCAAACAGGUAAGCAUGGCUAGUGUUCUCAUGUUGUUGGUGUUUUUUAAUUAUCUCUAUGCUUCGGCUGCUAUUUAAAUCGAGUGAGUGAGUAUGGUUUUACACCGCUUUUAGCAAUAUUGCAGCAAUAUCACGGCGGGGGCACCACACAUUGUACCCAUGUGGGGAAUAGAACUGUAAUUCGGCGUGGCGACCGGUACUUUAACCAUAAGGCUAUCUACCCCACUAUUUAGGUCGAAUUAUGAUUCGGGAUGAUAGAUACCAAGACAAAGAGAAUGACAUAUAUAUCAGACAUAAAUUGUGUAUUGAACUUCAGUUUUACAAGAUAGUUGUCAUGACAUUAAUAUACCAGUAUCUUUACGAUUUCAAAUUUCAGAUGUAGUUUAUUGUUUAUUCUUUUCUUUGUUUUAGAAAAAUCAAGAUGUGUCACAUGAAUUACGUAGUUAUUUUUACGGGAUUCAGCGUGCGUUCGGAGACUACUCCACAAACCUCGCCCCGAUGUUAACAAGAUUAGCUAAUGAAGAUUGUUAUUCAACCGUUUGCUCAAAAAGAUGUGAUAUAUGUGUUUCUGUUGAAUGUGUGCUCGUAACUGGUUAUUGAUGGCUUCCAGAAUUUGUUACACUGAAUACUCAACUCAACUUGUUUUUAUUAAAACAAAAUUCAAUCCACUAUAAUUAAUUUACCGUUGAUCGUAAAGCAACAGGUUGUCGGCAACAAGUGUCAGUUAAUAACGUUGUAUGAAGUAUGUUUCCUUUAUGAGAAAAGGGAGACUCAGAAUAGGGUGUUUUUGAUUAAGACCUAUUUUUGUUCCAAUUUAACAUUUAAUACAGGUUUUGUUAUUUAACUAGGAAACGAAACGUGAGUUUAGAAGCAAUGUUGUGAUCAAAUGGAGAGACAUGUUCAUUUUAUUACUUGACGCAGUACUUCAUCAAGGCGUGAGUGAGUUUAGUUUUACGCCGCUUGUAGCAAUAUUCCAGCAAUAUCACGGCCGUGGACACCAGAAAUGGGCUUCACAUUUUGAACCCAUGUGGGGAAUCGAACCCGGGUCUUCGGCGUGACGAGCCAACGCUUUAACCACUGGGUUACCCCACCGCCCCUACUUCAUCAAGGAUGAAAGAGAAGGGGGGUAUCUGAUCGUGAACAUGAUUGGCGUCUUUGGAGAAUGUGUUGUGCUGACAUAGUUUUCAGAGAAAAAUAAAUGUAUGACUUGAUGCAGUGACUUAUAAAUAGCAGUAACCCCGUGCUUUCUUUUUUGUUCGAAUUGUGUGUAAUCACGACACCCUGUCUGGCUGUCAAGUGAUUUGUUUUGCUACCAACAUAAUAAAUAUUUUCCAUUUUGUAA